AAAGGCAGCGCGCGCCGCGAGCUGUCGCGUCUGGUCGUGGUGUGGCGGAGCUGCGGUUACCUUGUGGGGUCUCCGCCGCUGCCGCCCUCCCUUCCUCUUCCCCAUCUUCUUCUCUCGGUCCCGGGAGCCCCCGCGCGGAGUGAGUAGCGCGAGGCGGUGCGAAGGGAGAGUUGCGGGUGCUGAUCGUGGUGCUUGAGCAGAGCCGUGGUUGGUGACAGCAUGACGAGCGAGGUGAUAGAAGACGAGAAGCAAUUCUAUUCCAAGGCCAAGACCUACUGGAAACAAAUCCCACCCACGGUGGACGGCAUGCUUGGGGGGUAUGGCCACAUCUCCAGCAUCGACAUCAACAGCUCCCGGAAGUUUCUGCAGAGGUUUUUGAGGGAAGGCCCGAACAAGACAGGAACGUCCUGUGCCCUGGACUGUGGAGCUGGCAUUGGGAGGAUCACCAAGCGGCUGCUCCUGCCGCUGUUCAGAGAGGUGGAUAUGGUCGACAUAACGGAGGACUUCCUGGUUCAAGCCAAGACCUACCUGGGGGAGGAGGGCAAGAGGGUGAGGAACUACUUCUGUUGUGGGCUCCAGGACUUCACCCCAGAGCCGGACUCUUACGACGUCAUCUGGAUCCAGUGGGUGAUAGGCCACCUCACCGAUCAGCACCUGGCCGAGUUCCUGCGGCGCUGCAAGGGCAGCCUGCGCCCCAACGGUAUCAUCGUCAUCAAAGACAACAUGGCCCAGGAGGGCGUGAUUCUGGAUGACGUGGACAGCAGUGUGUGCCGGGACCUUGAUGUGGUCCGCAGGAUCAUCUGCAGCGCAGGCCUCAGCCUCCUGGCUGAGGAGAGGCAGGAGAACCUCCCCGAUGAGAUCUACCACGUCUAUAGCUUUGCCCUGAGAUGAGCCAGGGCUGGCAGGAGAAACUGAGGAACCACAGUCCGGGUGGGGGGAGCUGGCAGCUGGGCAAGAUCCAGGCGCCACGCUGGCGGUUCGUGAGUGUCGAGGCACCACUAAAUAUAGCUGUCUGCCGUCCACUCAUUAUGUGGAUUCUUCUUCAAAAGGCAAGGUGGGACCCGGUGGGGGGAGGGUGCUGCUGAACCAGCGGUGAGGCAGGAGCCCAGGCCCUGCUGCCCUGUGAGAUGGGAUUGGGUGGAAGGGGCUCCAGGGCUCCCCAUGUGGGAAUACGGUGGUCACAUCAGUAGCCGAUUCCCUGGGCCUCCAGCCUAGCCUUCCAGCCAUGGGCCUGGCUGCCUGAAGAGGAAGGAAACCACCCCCAACCUGGUUGUUGGGAACUUGAAGACUUCAGUGUGGUCUUGACCUAGGGGAGGGACAGAGCUGGGCUGGUGGAACCCAUGGGUGCUGCCUGAUGGUGCUGUGGUUGGGGGUGCUCACGUGCCAAGUCCUGCUUGGCAGUGGAAGCCCGGGACCCUUAAAGCGUGACAACAGCCUGCAGCAGGGAAGCUCCCUGAAGCCUUGUUCUUCUCUGGGCUUGAGGCUGCUCCUUGGCAGGCAUUAAAUUAAAAAAUAAAAUGGGGCGGGCGCGGUGGCUCACGCCUGUAAUCCCAGCGCUGUGGGAGGCUGAGGCGGGCAGAUCACGAGGUCAGGAGAUUGAGACCAUCCUGGCUAACACGGUGAAACCCCGUCUCUACUAAAAAUA